AUGCAUCGCAAAGCUCUGAAGGAGUCGCUCGAGUCCUGCUCUGCUGCCGUGAAACUGGAGACAAAAAAGCACUGCCUUCUGUCCAGGACGAGCUUCCCCAUCCCGGUGCCUACCCUCCGCAAGUUGGUCAGGGCUGCGGGGCUGGGCUGCAUUGCUGAGAUCUCCAUUGGAGUGGUGCCUCCUGUUCCGGAAUGUAUGCCAGUUUUUCCUAACAGAUUUCUCGCCAUUUUGUCUGGGCAGGACUUCUUCGUGAAUUCACGCGGAAACAGGCUCUUCACUUGCAUGUGGACACCGAGGAAAUCGGAGUGCAAAGUUUUGAUCUUUAUCUGCCAUGGAUACGGAGCCGAGUGCAGCAUAUCCAUGGGAGACACAGUCGCUCGAUUAGUACACCGUGGAUACGCUGUUCACGGAAUCAACCACGAGGGCCACGGCAAAUCUUCAGGCUCGAAAGGCUACCUAUCGAGCUUCGGCGACGUCGUCAGAGACUGCUCGGACAAUUUCAAGAGUGUCUGUGAGAAGCAGGAGAACAGGCUGAAGAAGAGGUUCCUCUACGGCUUCUCCAUGAGAGGAACCGUGGUGCUUCAGCUCCACAGGAAGGAUCCUCUCUACUGGGACGGUGCCGUGCUGCUUGCCCCAAUGUGCAAGGUCCGAUCGUUAACGCACUGA